GGUAAAAUGAAUUGUUUACUUUACAGUAUCACGUUUAGACAUUUUACUAAUAAAACUCUGAACUUAAAAUCUUAACAAAGAGAUAAUCUAAACAAGCAAACACAGUCCAAUGCGAGACUUGUUGUGUCAAUCCCACUGAUUCUUAUAAAUCUUUAAUGUCCAUGUUAUAUUUUAAACCACACAUAUUUGUUUAGCUAUAUAGUAUAACCUUGGUUAUUUGUAGGAUUUCUCCGACAUAAAGGCGAUUUUCAAAAAUCGACAUUCUGUUGAAACAUCUCUGUGCCAUCCAAAUUAUCUAGUUUUGAAAAAAAGAUACGGAAGUUCUAUUUGUAAUUUCUCCUAUUGGAAUAAGACAAUGUCAUGGUUUUGUGGAAAACCAAGUGGUCGAAAUAUAUUAUGUAAACAUUGGGUUCGAAUUUCACGUUCCUGGAAUAACUACACAGAAAAUAUGAGCAAAUGUGAACAAGAGUUAAGCAUGAGGAACAAUACAAUUAUACCAACGGAGGUGUAUAUAAAAACAUUAUCAAGAUCUUCUGCAAACAGACUUAACACAGUUAAACAACCAAAUAUUACAUGUACGGAUUACAAUACAACACGACUGUGGUACAAAUGGAAGCCUUCUGGGUAUUUUUACAAAGGGACAUGGAUACUACGACAUUGCAAAGGUAUUUCAGAUGUCGAUGAAACCUGCCUAAGUAAUAGACAUAUUUAUUUUUGGGGCGACUCAACACUUAUACAGUGGUAUCAUUAUUUGCUGUCUACACUGACGUUCGAAUGUAAAAUAUUAUUAAACGACAGACAUGCUUGGAGACAAACAAAAGUAUGCUAUUGUCACAGAUACAAUAUUACACUGACGUGGAUGCCACAUAAUAUUCCGAUCUCACCAUUUCAUGUCGAAAAUCUUAGACAUUUUUUUUCAAACACUAUCCGCGAAACAGUUAGUAACGCAGGAGUUAGUGAGGUUAUGUUAAUAGUUCAUUUAUAUUCACAUAUACUUAUGUAUUCCCUUAAGUUUUUCACUUUUCACAUAGUAGAAAUAAAGAAAUGUGUAGAAAAUAUCUUUAAAAGAUUUACAAACGUACGAGUGUUUAUAAAAUUACCUCACACUUUUCAAAGGAUGGACACAGAAAAUUGGAUGAUAAAACAACCAGAUUUUAUCGGCUAUAUAUAUACAGAUAUUAUUCAUAAAGUAUUUAAAGGUCUAUAUAAAAAAGUAAUUGUAUUGGAUAACCGGGAUGCAACAAUUAGUAUAAGAAACUUUGAAUUACACCCUUCAGCAAGAAUUGUUAAAGCGAUGGUAAACCAACUAUUUAGCUAUGUCUGUAACAGAUCUAGUCGACCAGAAGUACGGGCGAUAAGAUGAAUAUUUUUACUCGUAUUUACUGUGAAUUUAUUGUCACAUUUUUACAUUUUAUAACUUAAAUACAUAACAUAAAACUCGUUACUCUUCUUCUUCAAUGAACAUGAAAAAAGAAAACAACCGGAGUAAAUAACGGUAUGCCUUAUAUAU